AUGAAUACGUCACCUCGACCUGCAGUAAAAGAAUCUCCUGAGAUAGCACAAUAUGUGCAGCUUGAGGAGCUCAACGAAGCUUUGGAGAAGGAACGAGCUCUUGUUUUGCAAACUCAGGAGAACUAUAUGGAUCUGAAGAAGAAGUUUCUUGAACUUUCU